AUGUCAGGGUGUAUAGUUCGUGCCGUUGGCUGGAAAUACGGCACCGAGGAACGAUUUUUGGGUGCUGCGCCGACCGGCGAGACGGUAUCACUAUACCAGACCAACAAUGACAGCGAAGGGUCUGACGAGGAGAUGACGAAGCUUUUCAGCAGAGGAGGUUUCGAUAAGAUACAGUGUUUACAGUAUUCUUCCGAGAAGCCAGGUGUCACCGGAGUUGGACAGCUGGACGGAAGCGGGCAUAUUUUUGAUAUCACAGCUGCUCAGACGCCUCCCCUGGUUUUGCGUCCAAAACAGGCUCGUUCGUGCAACAGCAUUUCUUUCAAUGAGAGAGAGCUGGUCGCUUUAGGUUUUGAUCGCGGCCGGCAGGAUCACUCUAUACAAAUUUGGGACUUGGCAUCCUGCUCAAGGGCGGGUAAAAACGAAAGCGUGAUCCCGCCAUUGCUCUCGUUUGUGCCAAAUGAGAGCGUUUCUUCACUGAGUUUCUGCGAGGGCAGUAACAUUAUUGCAGGCAGCUACAAGCUUUUGCGUGAGUACGACGUGCGCACUAACCAGCCGGUGUACCAAUUGAGCACCAGGUGCACUUUGCACAUCAAUGUGGACCCAUUCUACUCCCAUUUCUUCGCGUCAGCCAGUGAAGACGGCUCGUUGGCCAUUUGGGAUCGGCGUAAGCUUGGGGAUAGUUCCAGCAUGGUGCGUGUCCAGGGGUCUGGGAUUACGUCUGACAGUCCUCUUUUGCUAUUCAGCAAGCUGUUGAGCGACCAGCGGCGCUCAGGCGGUUCUCCAUACCGUUAUUCCACCGUGACCCACGGAGAACUGGGGGCUUUGUUUGAUGGCGAUUUAGUUCGGAGGUGGAAGUUUGGCGUGGUGCCGCCGCUUGAGUCGGAAUUGGCCAAGUUCGAGAGCAUGGUAGGCCGCAGCAGGGCCGAAGGCACGCUGGUGGCUACCAAUUUCCGUCCUACGGACUCGCUCUUCAUUUCGCGCGUGAGCGAUGCAAAGACCAAGUACGAGCGCGUGAUAUCGUUUGACUACUCGCCAAACUUCCAUUCGCAACAGGGUAUCGACCUGGUGUGUAUGAGACAGUCUGGAAGCAUUUAUAAGAUGCACGUUGUGGAAAGCCCGACAGGGAUGGACUUCAAUUCGUUCAACGACCUCACAUUCACGGGGCCGGAGGGUACGUGCUCAAAGAUGGUGAAGGAUGCUGUUGAUGAGGAGCAGCCUAGCAGAAGGGCAUCACAAGACGACAGAAACGGCGUACUCGAAGACGUGGCGGACCACAGCGAUGGGACAAGCGAGAAGGACUUUGCGUCCGACAUGGAAGAUUCUGAGGACUCGCCAUUUGAAGCGGCCCGCGAUAACAUGGGACUUAAAUCGGAGGCAUUGCUGGGAAACGAUAUCUGCUCGACGAUCAGACGCCGUGCAUUGCUGGGCUACGGAACCAAUGCCGAGAACAACAUGACAAUUCUCGAAAGCAUGAGCUGGCUAGAAACAACUCUGCAGCUGCGCAACGCGUGGAAAUGGAUUUCCAUCUCUCAUGAUCUGGUAGCCUCGGGCAAGAUGAUUUCUGGUAGCUUCGACUUUGGGUAUCUAGGCGUUCUGGGCAUUUGGCACAUGGAAGAAGGCUUUGCCGAGCAGAAGCGGUACAACGGCGAGGGCAGUUUCACGUCGAGGGAGCUUUUUACCGCAGCCCGACAAAUAGUCGAGAAACGCACGCUCGAAACUAAAAUCCUUGCUGCCCCGCUGAUUGGUUUCGACGGCGAAAGCCAAAAGGAAGUCCAGCGUCGGCUCGCAAUGCACGUGAUUGGCUGGGAUUUUGGUGUCAAGGAGCUUGAAGAUAAGUACGAAAACCUGAUAGCCAAGGAGCACUACGAGCGAGCAGCCGGCUGGGCCGUUUUCCAUGGAGACAUUUCGCGGGCCAUCGACAUCCUGGCCGGCUCGAAGAACGAGACGUAUCGCAUAAUGUCGACGGCUAUUGCGGGCUAUUUCGCCUUCCGCGACUCGCAGAUCAACACCACUUGGAAAGACCAGUGUCGGAAGCUGUCUUCCGACUUGGAAAAUCCGUAUUUGCGCGUGAUCUUUGGCUACAUAGCGGACGGCAAUUGGUGGGACGUGCUUGACGACUCUUUCUUGCCUCUGCGUGAAAAGUUGGGCGUUGCACUGCGUUUUCUCCCAGAUAGCGAGUUGGAUGUUUAUUUAACGAGGCUUGCAGAAAACGUCAUCAAGAGAGGUGAAAUUGAAGGUAUUAUUCUUACCGGAGUGACCGCUCGGGGAAUGGACCUUCUGCAGUCAUUUGUCGACCGCACAAGCGAUAUCCAGAGUGCUUGUCUCAUUGCGUCAUUUGGCUGCCCAAAAUACUUUAGAGACGAUCGUGUCGAGGACUGGGUAGAAAACUACCGGUAUCUGUUGAACAGCUGGAGUUUAUUCCAUGUCAGGGCCAAAUUUGACGUGGCAAGAACUAGACUAUCGCGACAAAACAACGGCGAGACACAAACGAUACCCGUUCCGCGCCAGGUUUACUUGCAAUGCACCAACUGUCACAAGAAUAUCUCAAAGAAAAAGAAUACCGGUCCGCAGCUCAAAAAUGGCAUGUUGCUACAAAAAGAGUCACCGCUGCAUACAUGUCCCCAUUGUGGCCAUUCUCUGCCGCGCUGUGCCAUCUGUCUGAUCACCCAGGGCAUUGCCCUGCCAAAAGAGAUGUCGCGGGUGGACCACGAUGCAGUUGACGAUAACCUCACGCUGGAGACUCAGUUCAAAGAGUGGUUCAGCUUCUGUCUGUCGUGUAACCAUGGAAUGCAUGCGGGACACGCAGAGGAAUGGUUUUCGAAGCACUACAUCUGCCCGGUGCCCGACUGUGACUGCCGCUGCAACAACAAAUAG